GUGAGUGAGGUGGUGUGCGAUAUUGAAAGAACCAGUGCGAGAAAGGCACGGUGCGAGAGCGAGGGAAGCGGUGUGCGAUAAUGAGGUAGUGUGCGAGAGCGAAAGAACCAGUGCGACAGCGAGGGAAGUGGUGUGCGAUAAUGAGGUGGUGUGCGAGAAGAAAAGAAGCAGUGCGAGAGCGAAAGAACCAGUGCGAGAAAGGCACGGUGCAAGAGCAAGAGAAGCGAUGCGUGAGAAUGAGGGUUUGCGGAGCGAAAGAACCAGUGCGAGAGCAAUGGAAGUGGUGUGCGGGAGGGAAAGAACCAGUGCGAGAGUGAAACCAGUGCGAGAAAGGCACGGUGCGAGAGCGAGGGAAGCGGUGUGCGAGAAUGAGGUGGUGUGCGAGAGGAAAAGAAGCAGUGCGAGAGCGAAAGAACCAGUGCGAGAAAGGCACGGUGCAAGAGCAAGAGAAGCGAUGCGUGAGAAUGAGGGUUUGCGGAGCGAAAGAACCAGUGCGAGAGCAAUGGAAGUGGUGUGCGGGAGGGAAAGAACCAGUGCGAGAGUGAAACCAGUGCGAGAAAGGCACGGUGCGAGAGCGAGGGAAGCGGUGUGCGAGAGCGAAAGAACCAGUGCUAGAGUGAGAGAAGCGGUAUGCGAGAAUGAGAUGAUGUGCGUAGUGAAAGAACCAGUGUGAGAAAGGCAUGGUGCGAGAGCGAGAGAAGCGAUGAGCGAGAAUGAGGGUGUGCGGAGCGACAGAACCUGUGCGAGAGCAAUGGAAGUGGUGUGCGGGAGGAAAAGAACCAGUGCGAGAAAGGCACGGUGCGAGAGCGAGAGAAGCGAUGCGCGAGAAUGAGGUGAUGUGCGAUUGCGUGAGGAAAAUGAGAAGUGUGCGAGGGCGAGAGAGGCACUGUAUGGCAGCGAUUUUUUUUAUCGUUCCAUAAUUGAGCAGUAUUGUCUUGCUUUCAUUUUUCAUUGGUUGUUGUUAAUUUUAAAAAUAAUAUUUUAUUCUAGUUGAAAUAUGCAUUAUUUCAACCUAAUAUAUAUAUUAAAUUCUCAUUUGGAACCAGUAACCGAUCUUAGGCAAUAUAUUUGUUUCCCUGUUUUGUUAACGUGAUGUACAAUAUAUAUAAUUUUUUCUUCCAAUU